CACAAUUCUUCGUCGGUAUUGUUUUUGUUGUUGUUGUGCUGCGAGAAGAAAGAGAGAAGACAGAGACCCCUCCCACCUACACCCCCCUUUCGCUAUCAGGCUCUGAGGUUGCUCCCUGCGGUUGAGCACACCCACCACCAUACACCCCGACGCAAGCAAGACAGCAGGUACACAACACUUCCCCCUCCCCAAGCACACACACGUCCAAGAAAAUGGAAUUGACGGGCGAUAUUGCGCAGAAGAACCCGUUUGCUGCGCAGAACCGCCGCGAGAAGCUUGAGCGACUGCAGCGGCAGCGGGCUGAGGAAGAGCGGCGCAAGCGCGAAGCAGAGGAGCAAGAAUGGCUGCAGAAGCAGGAGCAAAAGGAGCUGGCUCGCCUGAAGAAGGAGGCUGAGCUGGCCGAGGCGCGCGCGCAGAAGCUGGCGGUGUUUGAGCGACAGCGCCUGGAGGAGGAACGCCGCAAAGAGGAAGAGGCACGCCGCGCAGAAGACCGGCGUCGACAGGAGGAGCAGAGGCGCAAGCAGCGCGAGGAGGAGGAGCGGCAGCGCAGGCUGUAUGAGGAGCGGCUGCGGCAGCAGCGGGAAGAGGAAGAGGCUGAGCGCAAGCGGCAGGAGAAGCUGGCCAAGCAGCAGCAGUUUGAGAGCCAACUGAAGGCGCAGAUGCAGCAAGCAGAGCAGCAGGCAGAGCGCACAGCAGCCAUGAUGCGGCAGGCCGUGGAGAUUGAGCGCAUGGCCAGGGAGGCUGUGCAGCUCAAGCUCAUCACAGAGAACGAGGCACAGCGGCACAAGGCAGCCGCCGUCUCCCGCGACGACGCCAGGGUGCACUCGUCACACGCAACCCUGGUUGCUCUGAUCCAAGGUUACAAGCAGCAACAGCUGGAAGAGCAGCAACGAGAGGAAGCCAGACGUCGGCAACAGCAAGCGGAGGAGCGAGAGCGCCAACAGCGCGAGGCAGAGCGUAUGAAGCGCGCCGAUGCUUCGGCACACUCCCCAAAGUCCCCAAGCUUGCAGCGCAAGCAAGAGGCGGCACCAGUUGUGUCUGGGCUGAACAAUGACGUGAGCUUGAGGGAGAUCCCCGACGCCCUGCUUGACGAGGAGCGGUGCAUGAGCGCCGCCCUAAGCCUUGAGAAGCACCUCUGUAACGUGCUCGUGGCCGGGCAGGACGCCUUCGUCGAGUAUCUGGAGGAGUUUGGUUCCGAGCUGCACAUGGACAAGCUUCUGCCUGCGCUGGCACAGACCAUUGCCAAGUACCCAUGCCACGUGCCCGCCCUCACGAACCUCGGGCUUCUGGCGUUUGGCGGGCAUUCCAAGACAUACAAGCGCAUCAGGGAACUCAACUGUCUUCCAGAUUCCUCCAAAGAGUGGCUUGGCUGGCUGCUUGCGUGUCGCAUCUACCUCGAGUACAGCACGUGGUGGCAGACAUGCUACCUCGCCGGCAAGCUCACGCCGUGGACCAGCAACGUCGAGAAGCUCGUCUCCUCCUUUCCCGACAAGUUUGAGGAGGAGGACAAGCAAAUCAGCAAGUUUGCAGAGGCGAAGCUGCACGACCUACUCUCGUCCAUGGGACUUGUUGGUACGGAGCUGUCCGCGGAGGAAGUGGCGAAGCACCAGUCGACUAUUGUGGCCAAACUGCCACUCAUGAUCAAGUUCUUCCAGGUCAACAAGGGCAAGGUCUCCUCCUUCAAGCAAGAGUUCGAGAAGCAGCUUGGGGCGAUAGCCGCGCACAAGAGCGCAACGGCAGACUCCGAGGACGUUGUUCAGCAGAUGCUGGCGGCGAAGCAGAAAGCGCAGCAGCUGCACGACGAAAUUGAGAAGCGAAAGACAGAGAAGAAGGAGGUGGAGGAGAGCAUCAAGGAGCUGCAGGUGAAGAUUGAGCAGGUGCGCGCACCCGUGGGCGAACGCAGCGAGCGCGCAGCGGCACUCAAACAGGAGGAAAAGGAGCAAGAGAAGGAGGUAUCAAAGGCCAAGAAGGCGCUUGGGGAUGCAAAGGCCGAGCUUGUGGCCCUGGCUGAUGACGAGUGAUGUGGAGGUGAGAGCACAAGCACGAGGGGUGUGAUGAUGGCGAGUCAUGUGCCGGCGGGUGACAUGGUCUUCGGGAUCGGUGGUAACAGCAGCAUGUGCUCAUGUGAGUGGGAGUCUGUUCGACACCUCUCGAAGAGUGAAGAGCUGUGUUGGAGAGAAGAACAAAGUGUGAUACGUGGCACCCGGCCACGACCGAGGGCAAGCAGGUGCUGUAUACCUGUUGUACGGUGCAUAAUGCGUGUGUGUUCUGAUUUGUUCCCUUUGGCCUGCAGUCGCAGGCAGUGCUGCUGCUUGGUGCAUGUUGCGAACCUGUUUUGAUAUUUUGUUGACCUGCUUGUUUGUUUGCUUUUCUAAUUCGUGCCGCAGCACCUCACCGAAUAAAGAAAGAAAGGCUCAGUGGGUGCACAACAUGUCACGUCAAACCACAAAGCGA